ACUUUCACCCCUGAAACUCUCUCUUCUCUCUCCUCCGCGUCUCCUCAGACCCAUCGGGUCCCGACCGACCCGACCUGAGUUUUCCGACGCCGUCGUGCGUCCUCCGGCAGCGGACCCGGUCCAUACCGGCUCGCCUCGGCCCACUCGUCCUCCCCACAGUGGUGCCUCACCUCACCACUCAGGCCAGAAGGAGAUCGAAGGCCUCCCACAGCCGUGAGGCAUGACCCGGCCGGAAGUCCAGUUUUCCGGCAUCCUCUCGGCGACUGGGCGACAAAAUCCUGCUGGAGGUCAGCCACGUGGCGCAUCUGGAUUGGUCCGUGUUUUCCACCCUUGGAUUUAGCCUCGUCUGUCUCUUCGCAGCUUCCUGAUGUCACCCACGUUCUGUGGUUGGCCGAGCUGGCAGCUCCAUGACCUUGGGCAAGAAAAUAGUCAUCGGCUUGCCCCUUUUUUUGACCUUAGUCAUGCAAAACCAAAGUUUGGCUGGUCAAACAAAGCCCGGUGGAAGGUUGUUUCUCUCCAUGCCCCGGUCACCAAAUCAUCAUUCCCUCACUUUGCCCGGGCAUGCAAAGUUAUAACGGUGGACUUGCUCUUAGAUCAUCUCAGCUAGCUACUAAGAAUUAUUGUCCCAACAGUUCUUAAGGUCAACAGAUAAGAAGUUCCUAAACUUGUGCAAAUCUCCAACCAAGCUUCACCCGAAAAAAAACUGAUCAGAUCCGCAUAAUUUCGAUCUCUGUAAGUAUAUAUCUAGUUUAUCAUAUAUGCUAAUCCUAAUGUUAAUUUUGUAUCGGAUUUGCUUCAAGUGUGUGCGUGUACAUAUGCUUCGAACAGCUUCAUUUUAUAUGUUGCAGGAAGCCAAUAGUUGCAAUUGUAGUCACCCUUUGUUUAGUUUGAGUUGUUGAAUGAUAUUUAAUGAAAGUGUUUGGAACUUAAAUUUUCUUGAGGUUCUUUAAUCUUUGCUACCUGGAGUUUUGUCCCGAGAGAUAAGAAGUUCCUAAUUUUUGUGGAAAUAAAACCUGAACUUGAAAACUGAUCAGAUCAGCAUAAUCUAUCUGUGUUCAAUCUCUCUUCGGACAGACUGAUCUGCUUUGUUUCCCCCUACUUGUUUCAGUUGUUUGCUAAGAACUUGUCACCAUUUUCAAAUUAAUCUGAAUCUGGAGAAUUUUUUGGUCCCAAGGAAGCGUGCUUUAGAUCUGAGCAGUUAUGGCUUCCUCUUCUGUUUCUUCUUCUGUCAUCCCCACAAAAGAAAAGUAUGAUGUCUUCAUCAGUUUCAGAGGCCAGGAUACUCGCAGGACUUUUACCAGCCAUCUUCAUGCUGCUCUGAUAAGGAGGAAAGUGGAAACCUUCAUUGAUUACAGACUGGAGAGAGGAGAUGAAGUGGGACCCGCCCUUUUAAAAGCAAUAAAAGAAUCAAAGAUUUCCGUGAUCAUUUUCUCGAAAGACUAUGCUUCUUCCACAUGGUGCUUGGAUGAACUUGCUCAUAUACUGGACUGCAGGGAAAAACAUGGACAAUAUGUUAUACCUAUUUUUUACGAGAUAGAACCAUCACAAGUGCGCUACCAGACCGGAAGUUAUGAGGCUGCAUUUGUUCAACAUGAACAAUGGUUGAAGGACGACAAGAUUGACAAGGUGGCCAAGUGGAAGAAAGCUUUAGAAAAAGCAGCUGGCCUAUCUGGGUCUGAUUCAACUUCAAAAAAAUUUCGGGAUGAUUCUGCUUUAGUUGAGCAAAUCGUCAAAGAUGUGUUGGCUAAAUUGAAUCGUGAAUCCUCAAGUGAUUUAACUGGUUUGAUUGGAGCUGAAGACCGCAUUAAGAAAAUUUUAUUGGAAUUAGACAUCAUCCCAGAAGAUGUUCGUGUUCGCUCUGUAGUUAUUUGGGGUAUGGGUGGCAUCGGCAAGACCACGCUGGCUGAUGCUGUAUAUCAUGGACUCUCUUCUCAAUUCGACGCUCACUGUUUUCUUGCAAAUGUUAGGGAACGUUCAGGUACCAAAGGAGCUUUAUCUCCUGAACUGUAUAUUUUGCGAAAUGAACUUCUUGCAGAACUACUAGGGGACAGGAAUUUAGCUAUUCAUACUCGCACUGUAGGUGCCGUUGACAAAGAGAGGCUCCGCCGUACAAAAGUCCUUGUUGUUCUUGACGACGUGAACCAUUCAAGCCAAUUAACAUUUUUAGUUGGAGAAGUUCCAUUUGGCCCAGGAAGUAGAAUAAUUAUAACAACUCGAGAUAGGCGACUCGGUAAGGAGACUGUACCAGAUAAGAAAGUAGCUGACCAUGAUGUUAAGAUAUAUGAGGCGGAGGAAUUAAAUGGUGUUGAGUCUCUUCAGCUGUUCCGUUCAAAUGCUCGCACGUGUUGUACAGCAAAUCCAGAACUUUUAGAGCAGGUGGCAGAUCAUGCUGCAGGAGUUCCAUUAGCCCUUAAAAUUUUGAGUUCAGUAUUCCUUCAAUGCAAGAGCAAAGGAGAACAGGAACUGUUGUGGGAAAAAUUGAAAACGUUUCCCAACGAAGAUCUUCAGAAAGUGUACAGAGCAAGUUAUGAUGGAUUAGAAAGAAAUGAGAGGAACAUAUUCCUUGAUAUUGCAUGUUUUCACAAAGGGAAGAAACUUUGUGAGGCAAAAAGAAUGUUAGCUGCCUGUGGUUUAUUUCCGGAUGAUGGAAUUAAGAUUCUCAUUGAUAUGUCUCUCAUAUCAAUCAAGGACAACUGCAUAUGGAUGCACGAUGUGAUCCAAGAAAUGGGUUGGCAGAUAGUCCAGGAAGAAUGUACCGAAGAGCCAGGAAAACGCAGUAGGUUGCACAAUGGUGAGGACGUCUGUGAUGUACUGAAAAGGAAUGUGGGAACUGCCAAAGUACAAAGCAUUUCCAGCAGGAAUUGUGUCAACACACUAAUGUUGGAUCCUCAAGCUUUCACCGGGAUGCAUAACUUAAGAUUCCUUAUGCUAAGAUUUAUACAUCUUGAUGACGAGGCAAAUCUAGAGUAUCUGCCUGAUGCCCUUCAAUAUCUCUUUUGGCAUUGUUACCCUUUGAAAUCUUUUCCAUCAAAGUAUUCUCCAAACAAUCUUGUUGAGCUUCAUAUGCCCUGGAGCAAACUCAAGAGACUUUGGAAUAAAGGCCAGAAUCCUAAGAACUUGAAAAGGAUCGAUCUUAGUCACUCCAUGGACCUGGCCGAUGUUGGAGAGCUGUCAAAUAGUGUAAACAUUGAGAGUAUAAAUCUUCAAGGCUGUAGUAGUUUGGUUCAAGUUCCGGAUUUGUCAAAGUGUGUAUACAUUAGGAGUAUAAAUCUCCUAGGCUGCGCAAGUUUGGUUCGAGUUCCAGACCUGUCAAAGAGUGUAAACAUUGAGAGUAUAAAUCUUCAAUACUGUGAUGGUUUGGUUCAAGUUCCUUCAUACUUUCAAAACUUCACAAGGCUUACUCAUUUGAAUUUGGGACAUUGUCGGGAGAUUAGAGUUCUACCGAAGAUACCAAGCAAUAUGGAAUUCUUAUAUUUGGAUCAUACUUCUAUAAAAGAAUUGCCUUCAUCAAUUUGGUCUCUUGAAAAACUUCUUACAUUGAAUCUUCGCAACUGUUGGCACAUUGAGAAGUUUCCGAGCAGUCCAUGGAAGAUGAAAUCCCUCACUCAUCUUUUGUUGAGCGGGACAAACAUAGAAACAGUGCCCUCAUCGUUAUUCAUGUGUAUGACUGGGAUCAUUUCACUUGAGCUGAGAGAUUGUCGUCGCCUUGUCAGUCUCCCAACCGACAUUUGUAAGUUGAAAUCUCUUGAGAAACUUGAUCUCUUUGGUUGCUCUAGUUUCACAAACUUACCGGAAAUUGCGGAGCCUGUGGAACAUCUGGAGUAUCUUAAUUUAAGUGGGACGAAAAUUGAAGAGCUGCCGUCAUCGGUUGGGAAUCUUGUUGGGCUCAAGACAUUAGAUUUAAGUGGCUGCACAAGCCUUGAAUUACUCCCAAACAGCUUCGGCAAUUUAAACAUUCUUGAGUGGUUCUCAUUUCGUGGCUGUAAGAAGUUAGAAGAAAUUCCCGAUUGCUUUACAAGCUUUCCUGCAUUGCAAGUGUUAGAUCUAAGUUGCACCAUGAUUGAGACCAUACCUCCCAGCAUCCAAGAAGUUUCUGGGCUCAAGUCUCUGAUACUUGCUAUGUGCGAGCGGCUUCAAUCUUUGCCAGUGCUCCCAUGUCUUCUAGAAGAAUUGAGUGCAUGGGGGUGCAUUAAACUUGAGACUGUGUCAGUUUCAGUGACUGCAGAGACACAAGGUUUGGAUCAAAUACUUUUUGGGAAGAGGACCGAGGUGCAUGAUUUUGUUGGUUGCGUUAAUUUGGAUAACAAUUCAAGGAUAAUGGAUGAUGCACGCCUCAGAAUAUUGCGAAUGGCAACUGCUUAUGAUCGUAAACGUUUAUCAUCUGGUAAAGUAGAGGUAAUGUGUCCGGGAAAUGAAAUUCCAAAAUGGUUUAGCUGUCAAACGGAGGGAUCUUCAAUGAAUAUUAAGCUUCCUCUGCAUUGGUCUGAUGAUUCGAAGUUCUUGGGUAUUGCUAUCUGCAUUGUUUCUGGAACCGUCCGUGCGUGUCAAUGUGAGAUGAUUCUCAAAACCAACGACGGUGAAACCCAUAGUGUCAAUUUGGGAAAUCCAGUGGGCUUCCCGACGGAUGAAACAGCGGAUGAAACAGAUGACGUGUUGGUGUGGUAUGAUACAGUCCAUGUAAUUUCAGAUGAAGCAAAAUGCUCUACGGAAGCCUCUUUUGACUUUUGGUCUAAUAAAGUGAAAAGGUGUGGGGUCUGCUUUCUGUAUGCCCAAGGCCAAGAUGAUGACGCUCUGAAAUUUGAAGUCAUACGUCCACCACAAGUUACUACAAUGUCUGGUCACUUUGCUGGAAGCGAAGCCAAAGUUAAUACAAUGUCUGGUCACUUUGCUGGAAGCGAAACCAAAAAAAGAGUCUGGUCACUUGGGUGGAAGCGAAACCAGAAAAAGAAAAAAAGAGUCUGGUCACUUUGCUGGAAGCGAAACCAAAAAAAGAGUCUGAACACUUGGGUGGAAGAGAAACCAGAAAAAGAAAAAAAGAGUGGUUGUUGUAGUAUAAAUGUAUUAUAGUGUAAUGGCUAUAUCAUGUAAUAGGUACUUGAGUGUAUAAACAUAGUACUUGAGUGUAUAGAUAUAGGUACGAAGACUUGUGUGGCAUAAAGCUUGUAGGGAGGCAACAAGCAUGGCAAUUAUCAUUAUUGCAGCAACCAUGUGGAGUUGCAGCUGUAACUCAAGUAGUCACAAAAUUGGAUUUCUCCUAGAGCAUUCACACUAUCUUGUAUUUCUAUAUAAAUCCUCCUUUGAGAGCAGAAUAAACAUUACUCUCCAUUCUCUGCAUCUAAA